AAAAUUUGAUUAAAGAAUUUUAUUAGAGAAGAAUUAAUAAAUAUCUUAUUAAGUAAUAUACAACUAAGACCAGGGCCAAGCAGCCCCCUGGUCAGUUAAUUUUGAAUACCUGGUCUUGCAUAGCUCCUAACAAUCCUGACAAUAAAAAUGACGUUCUUGGUAUUUCACAAAUUACGCAUACUUGUUAAUUAUGAUCAAUGGCCCUCUGAUCAGCAAGAAAUAAAGCCUCAAAUUCCUCAAGAAGUUCCAUCAUUGAAAAUUGCACAACUUCAACUCAAUACGCAAACUCCUUUUGUGCCGUACAAGAACAGCGUUCUUGAAGAAAUACCGCGGGGUAUUUUGCAUCUAAAUAUAAAAAGUGAUUUUCUUAUUGUAUCAACAAUAGAGAAAGGUAUUAUCGAACCUCUGCAAGAUCAGUCAUAGGAUAAUAAUUCAAUAGAAGAAGCAAACGCAAACAACCGCUAAUGAAGCACGAAUUGCUGAUAAAGAAGAGAUUAUUGAUAAAAAAAAAA